GAGAUGCUUCCGUUGACUGGGAAAACAAUAAUAUUUGAUAGCUUUCCUGAUCCUUCAGAUACCUGGGAAAUAAUUGAGACUAUUGGCAAAGGAACAUAUGGAAAAGUUUUCAAGGUGUUAAAUAAGAAAAAUGGCAGCAAAGCAGCAGUCAAAAUUUUGGAUCCUGUUCACGAUAUUGAUGAAGAAAUUGAAGCCGAGUACAACAUUUUGAAAGCUCUCUCUGACCAUCCCAAUGUAGUCAAAUUCUAUGGCAUGUAUUAUAAGAAAGAUGUGAAAAAUGGAGACCAGCUUUGGCUAGUUCUUGAGCUGUGCAAUGGUGGAUCUGUGACUGAUCUUGUGAAAGGAUUUCUGAAGAGAGGCGAAAGGAUGAAUGAACUUAUAAUUGCUUACAUUUUACGCGAAGCUCUGAUGGGACUUCAGCAUUUGCAUGAAAACAAAACUAUCCACCGUGAUAUUAAGGGAAAUAAUAUCCUUUUGACCACUGAAGGAGGAGUCAAGCUUGUGGAUUUUGGUGUGUCUGCUCAGCUGACCAGCACUCGUCUCCGUCGGAACACCUCCGUGGGCACCCCGUUCUGGAUGGCUCCAGAGGUGAUUGCCUGUGAGCAGCAGCUAGAUAGCUCCUAUGAUGCCAGAUGUGAUGCAUGGUCACUGGGUAUUACUGCAAUAGAAUUGGGAGAUGGAGAUCCACCCCUUGCUGAUUUGCACCCUAUGAGGGCACUCUUCAAAAUACCAAGGAAUCCUCCUCCAACACUACAGCAGCCUGAACUGUGGUCACCUGAAUUCAAUGACUUCAUUAAAAAGUGCUUGACUAAAGAUUAUGAGAAGCGUCCGACAGUGUCUAGUCUUUUGCAGCAUGAUUUUAUUAAGCAAAUUGAAGGAAAAGAAAACGUGCUACAAAGGCAACUCAUGGAAUUUAUUGAUGUUCAUCAACAAAUGGGAGUCACUGAAAAGGCAAGAUUUGAACGUAUUCAUACAAAGAAAGGGAACUACAGUAAGUCACUAGUUUCAAACCAGGAAGAGGUAGAUGAUUUAGCAACCUUGGAGGUACUGGAUGAGAAUACAGUAACAGAGCAGUUGCAGAAGGGUUACGCCAAGGAUCAGAUCUACACAUAUGUUGGGGACAUUCUCAUCGCUGUCAAUCCAUUUCGGAACAUAGAUAUUUAUUCUUCACAGCAUUCCAAACUGUAUAUUGGAGCCAAACGGACUGCCAACCCUCCUCAUAUUUUUGCUGUUGCUGACAUAGGUUAUCAGUCCAUGGUGACAUACAACUCCGAUCAGUGUAUCGUUAUUUCUGGAGAAAGUGGAGCUGGCAAGACGCAAAGUGCCCAUCUUCUGGUUCAGCAGCUCACUGUGCUGGGCAAGGCUAAUAACAGGACUCUACAGGAGAAGAUCCUCCAGGUGAAUAACCUUGUAGAAGCAUUUGGGAAUGCAGGCACUAUCAUCAAUGAUAACUCGAGCAGAUUUGGAAAAUAUUUGGAAAUGAAAUUUACUUGUGGUGGCACUGUAGUAGGAGCUCAGAUUUCAGAGUAUCUCCUUGAAAAAUCCAGAGUUGUCCACCAGGCAGUAGGAGAGAAGAAUUUCCAUAUUUUUUAUUAUAUUUAUGCUGGUCUGGCGGAAAAGAAAAAACUGGCACAUUAUAAACUGCCAGAAUAUAGACCUCCCAGAUAUCUGCAAAACGAUCAUUUCAGAAUAGUGCAAGAUUUCAUGAACAAUAGCUUUUAUAAGUCUCAGUUUGAAUUAAUUGAACAGUGCUUCAAAGUCAUAGGUUUUACGCUAGCAUAGGAACUUGGAAGUGUGUACAGUGUCCUGGCUGCCAUUUUAAAUGUGGGUAACAUUGAAUUUUCUGCAGUGGUAUCUGAACAUAUGAUUGACAAGAGCAACAUUUCCAAUCCAGUAGCCCUUGAGAAUUGUGCGUCCUUGCUGUGUAUUCAGGCAGAUGAGCUGCAAGAGGCCCUCACCUCUCACUGUGUAGUGACUCGAGGAGAAACAAUUAUUCGUCCCAACACUGUGGAAAAAGCCACUGAUGUCAGAGACGCCAUGGCCAAAGCACUGUAUGGGCGCCUCUUUAGCUGGAUAGUCAAUCGCAUCAACACUUUACUCAAACCUGACAAACAUUUAAGUGGAAAUGAUGAUGGUUUGAACAUUGGAAUUCUUGAUAUCUUUGGCUUUGAGAAUUUCAAAAAAAAUUCUUUUGAACAACUCUGUAUCAACAUUGCCAAUGAACAAAUUCAGUUCUACUUCAAUCAACACGUUUUUGCCUGGGAACAGAAUGAAUACCUAUAUGAAGGUGUUGAUGCAAGAGUUAUAGAGUAUGAGGACAACAGGCCCCUCUUAGAUAUGUUCCUGCAGAAGCCAAUGGGUUUAUUGUCCCUUCUGGAUGAGGAAAGUCGAUUCCCACAAGCAACAGAUCAGACACUUGUAGAAAAAUUUGAAGAUAAUUUGAAGUCAAAAUAUUUUUGGAGACCCAAAAGAGUAGAUCUAACCUUUGGGAUUUAUCAUUAUGCAGGAAAGGUUCUAUAUAAUGCAAGCGGAUUCCUAGCCAAAAAUAGAGAUACUCUGCCAGCUGAUAUUGUGCUGCUACUGCGAUCAUCUGAAAACAAUCUGACGCGACAGUUGGUAACCCAUCCUCUUACAAAAACAGGUAACCUGGCACACACUAAAAGCAAAACUACAAUCAGUUACCAAAUGUGGACCCCCCAGAAAUCAAUCAGUCAUACGAAGAAUGAAGCAGGAGAUACCGGACAUCAUCCAAGAGAGACAACCAGCAUGAAAACACAGACAGUCGCUUCUUAUUUUAGAUAUUCUCUGAUGGAUUUGUUAUCCAAAAUGGUCGUCGGCCAGCCUCAUUUUGUCAGGUGCAUCAAGCCAAACAACGACCGGCAGGCAAACAAGUUUGAUAAAGAAAAAGUGUUGGUUCAGCUGCGUUACACAGGAAUUCUGGAGACAGCAAGAAUUCGAAGACAGGGUUAUUCACACCGUAUACUGUUCGCUAACUUCAUAAAACGGUAUUACCUCAUCUGUUACAAAACAAAUGAUGAUCCUCCAGUCAGCCCGGAAACCUGUGCUGCCAUCUUGGAAAAAGCCCGCCUUGACAACUGGGUUCUUGGAAAAACUAAAGUAUUCCUCAAAUACUAUCAUGUGGAGCAGCUAAAUUUAAUGCGGAAGGAGACAGUUGACAUGAUUAUUUUGAUUCAAGCUUGUGUCAGAGGGUGGCUGGGUUCAAGGAGAUACAAAAAGAUAAAGGAACAAAGGGAACAAAGUGCUAUCAAAAUACAGUCAGCUUACAGGGGUUUUGUUGCUCGUAAAGAAUACACAAAUGCAAAACGUAAUAAAAAAGUGGAAGAAUAUAUUACUAGACUUCAAGCAAUUGCCAGAGGAUACUUACUCAGGAAGAAGAGAAAAGAACUAACUGAGGCAAGGAACAAAGCAGCAAUAACAAUUCAGUCUCACUACAGGGGACAUAAGGAGAGGAAGAUCUUCAAAAGGAGGAGGGAAUCACUUAGAAAGAGACAAACUGAAAAUGCAGCAUCCAUUAGUGAAAAGGAAAAGGAUGAAGAACUUCAAAAUAAUGAGGAAGGUCCAGCUGGAGUGAAGAGUGCCCUUCCUAAAACAGAAGAAGAAGCAGCUGUCAUUGUUCAGAGCCAUUACAGAGGCUACAGAGUCCAUAAACAAAUAAAGGAACAGCACAAAAAAAUAGCAGAGGAAGAAUUAUCUGCUGUGGAAUUCCUUGAAGCACAACUGCAGCCAGAUCAAAAUGAUACACUGGAAGAAGCAGCAAACGAGGAGACUCAAGAUGAAGCUGAUGCUGUUACUGACAGCGAGUGCUCUGGGUACAGUGACACAGGGAAUGUACAGGAGCAACAAAAAAAAUCUACUGAAGGAGAGGGAGCUUCUGUGAAGCAGAACCCUGCAGUAGAACAUGUUGGUGAAGGCGAAGAACAAGCCUCUUUGGAAGAGCUGUCCAGCAAAUCUUCUGUCAAAAGCACAGCUGAACCUAGUCCCCAGCAAGAGCAAGAUAAUCAAGACACACUCAGUGCAGAUGGGCAAGAUCAAGAAUCUGCUGUGGUCCAGCCCAGGACUGACAGGGAUGUGGAAAGAAACCACCUGAAACAUGAAGCAGUGAUGCCUACAGGAUGUAAAGGAAUUAUAAGAAAAGAGUCACUAAGAGGCUCACAGAAGCAAGUUGAGGCAGAAAAACAAGGUUCAGAAGACAAAGAGAAGGCAGCAGUGGUUAUUCAGAGCAGUUACCGGGGUUACAGAAGGAGGGGACAACUCAGAAAAGAAGGGAAACUACCUUGCAAAAGUCAAGAGAAAACUAUAAAGGAGGCAACAGAAACAGUGCACAUUCAAAAUAAUGAUCCCCAAACAACAAAAGAUAGGGAAAGCAGCAGUACAGAGGCUGAAGACUCUAAGACACUGAAGGGAGACUCAGAGAAAGAGGCUUGUGAUUUGGCAGCCUUUUCGCGGCAGAUAUCAAAAUUAUCUGAAGACUACUUAGCAUUGCAGCAAAAAUUGAAUGAAAUGAUAUUGUCACAUCAGCUGAGACCCGUGAUGCUGUCCAAAGAUAAGCAAGCUAAUGGCCGACUUUCUUCUCAUGUUUGUCAGUCAGUUGCAGCCAAAGUAGAAGACUCUCGCCCAAUGCAGAGACCCCCAAGGAGGCCACGGAAGCCUAAGACAUUAAAUAAUCCAGAAGACUCCACCUACUACACUCUAAUACAUAAAUCAAUACAAGACGAAAAACGGAAACCACGAAAAGAAAGUCUAAGCAAAGUCCUAGACUUAGAUAUCUACUACCAAGAAAUUUCAUCUACUGAUUCCACCUCAAAGGACAGCAGUUCUACCACAAGAAAGAAGAGACACCCAGCUGAGCGCAGGACUUCAAUUUUAAGAGCUACUGAGCGGUCGAGGGUUGCAGAAAGCCCCCUGGAAGAGAGUAAAACUGAAGAUAAUCCCUAUGACUACAGACGACUGCUGCGGAAGACCUCACAGCGCCGGCGCCUUAUCCAGCAGUUCUAG